AAAAUGAAUAUGCAAUGGAGUAAUAUCACACUCAUCUGUGCGAUUAUUAUUAGCCAGUUGACAAUAUAUGGUGGAGCACACCCAAAUAGUGAUCAUACCACAGAUGUAGGUAACAAUGUACCAUGGAUAUUCGACACUGAAGAGGCCAUGGUGCCACUGGUAUCUGUAACAGAUGAACAACGCGAACAAGAAUUGAAAUAUCAAAAUACGCUCCAAUAUGCCAAAAACCUUUGUGUUAUGGCAGUAACUGCUAAAAAUAUUACAAUGCCGGCGUACAUUUAUCAUGACAUUUCUGUAAUGGAACUAUAUCAGUUGUUAGAUGGGAGUUCUUUAAGAAGGAAAUAUAACUUACAUCAGCAACUUUUGGAUAAACUAGAUCACGCUGAUACGGUAGCGCAAGAAAUUUGCAAGGAACUCAGAGCACAUCCACCAACACGAAAUGUUGUUUUCCCUACAGGAGAAUCCGCUCUUGUAAUAGAAGAUUUAGAUGCAUAUGAGAAGAGUAUAUCCGACUUAACGGCUGAUAAAAUAUCAACAUUAUUUGAUGAACUGUUAGGUGGUGGAGAGAUUGUUAUAGAAACGAAACUCCUCAAGACCCUGACGCCAGAAUCGUUGAGUGAUAUAAAUGCACAGUUUCUUAUUAGAAGAGUAGGUGAUUUUUAUAGUGUUAAUUUGGGAGAUUCAUUUAAGGGAGCUAGACGAGAAAAUGUAUUAGGGGCAACAAUACAUGAUUCUGAAAAAUUAGUUGCAUAUGAAGAUUGGGUUAACAAUAAACGAAAUCAAAUACAUUAUGUAGCUGAACUCAUAAACGCCGAAAAUGCCCAGAAUAUGGUAAAACAGAUAAAUGGCAAACAAAUGGUAUUUCUGCAAGCAUUGUGGUUUGAACUUUUCAAAACAAUUGAAUCACAAAUCAGGCUAUUAGUGAAUGUGAGGUUGUUCAGAAGGGCUGUUAUAGAAAUUAUAUCCAAUCCAACAUCUGAAGGGAAACUUGCCCAAGUCAGUGCAAAAGGAUUGGAAUUGAUAUACGACGGUCUGGAGUACAACAUCCUAAACGACAAGCAAAGGAUAUCAUUUCAUCAUAAACUGGAGAAAUUGAUCACAAUGCUCAGAAAUAUGUAUGACGUAGAUAUUAGCCAUCUACAUCUCCAAGAUGAGACUAAUUAUAUCGACUUGAACACAACAACGGAAAGCAAAGUUGAUAAGGUAGAAUUAGAAUGUGCCUCCUCACAUUUAGUAAAUUACUAUAAAUCUAUGGAUACAGAUGUAGACAUAAUGAAGAAAACAACCAGGAAAAUGAAAGAAUUGGGAUUCAAAAAAGGUGUAACACAUAAAAACGUGAUGCAAACAUUGGCCAAGACGAAUACCAUGGUAGGACACCUGGCCGAUAUCCUGGUUGAUACACAUGACAACAUAUUAGAUAUAGAGCGUGAUGUAAAUGGUAUUCAUGAUGGUGAGGUAGACACUGAAGUGAGUCCAGUAAAACUCCUAGAUAGAGUCUAUAAACUAACAGCAGAACUCUCAGGCGUAAGAAUGAUUAUGAUAGAGAUAUAUAAAUCCUCAUGUGAGAUAUACCGAUGUGACAUUGAAGGCAAUCAUAUAGAUGUUCCAGACAGCUUUAUUGAGGAAAUAGCCAAAUUAACAAAAAAGGCCCAAAUAGCAUUAGCAAAUACGCAAGUGCGCUACUUUGAAUUCCGUAAAGCUGCAGGAUUGAUGAAGGACAAAGCAAUGGCACUGGAAAGAUCACAUCGUAUGGAAAGCGGAAAGACAGCAUUGAAACUUUAUCAAGAACUUGUUAAACCGAGGCGUGGUAUUGACAUCAUACUAAGGUACUUCGCUUAUAUAGAUGAUUAUAAAAACGAACUCAAUAAAAUGGAAAGAAUCAUCCAAAAUGCAAAACAUACAUCAACGGAAAAUAAACGCUAUCAAAUAUUGCAAAAUUAUUUCGAUGCUAGCAAAUCUAUACAUGAUUCCCUGUUACUAGAAAAAAUAAUUCAAACAGCCAUGGAUAUGGAAAAAGAAUUCGAAACAAAAGUAAUGACUAUUGAGCAACAUUCAUGUCACCAAAAACAAAAUAUGAAUGUUAAAUCCAAAAAUAUCAAAAAUACAAGAAAAAAUCAACAAUCAAAAACAAAACCGUUAACUGACUAUGAGGACGCCCGUGGACAUGGCAACUUGGAAGGAGCUUAUGUAAUCUCGCCACCUCAUGGAGCACAAAUUUGGGAUGUGGCACACGAUAUCGUACCGCAGUCUCAUAGGGUAGAUGAAUUGCCAAAGGGGCCCAUUGUGCUAAAACUAGAAGAACACAUACCACAGGCAGUACAACCACAACAACCCACGAUGAAUGGAGAUAAAGACGAUGACAGCAUUCACCAAAACAGCGCUAGUGAUUAUAGUGCUACACCGCCACUGUCAUUUACCAGCAAAACUGAUAUAUUGACAACGGAACAAGACACAAUGCCUUCGGUCGACAAAAAAACAAACAUGGAGUCAGGUGACCUGGAUCAAUUCAACUCGUUCACUAGUGCCCAUGAGCCAGCAACGGACUCUGAUCAACAUACAUCGACAUCGGGAGAAACGGAGUCGUCACAAACUGAAAAAUCCAAUUCUGAACAAUGGAGCCAAUCAGCCGAUGAAGUUUCCGACUACUCUAUGUUAACUGACUAUGAGGACGCCCGUGGACAUGGCAACUUGGAAGGAGCUUAUGUAAUCUCGCCACCUCAUGGAGCACAAAUUUGGGAUGUGGCACACGAUAUCAUACCGCAGUCUCAUAGGGUACAUGAAUUGCCAAAGGGGCCCAUUGUGCUAAAACUAGAAGAACACAUACCACAGGCAGUACAACCACAACAACCCACGAUGAAUGGAGAUAAAGACGAUGACAGCAUUCACCAAAACAGCGCUAGUGAUUAUAGUGCUACACCGCCACUGUCAUUUACCAGCAAAACUGAUAUAUUGACAACGGAACAAGACACAAUGCCUUCGGUCGACAAAAAAACAAACAUGGAGUCAGGUGACCUGGAUCAAUUCCACUCGUUCACUAGUGCCCACGAUCCAGCAACGGACUCUGAUCAACAUACAUCGACAUCGGGAGAAACGGAGUCGUCACAAACUGAAAAAACAAAUUCUGAACAAUGGAGCCAAUCAGCCGAUGAAGUUUCUGACUACUCUAUGUUAACUGACUAUGAGGACGCCCGUGGACAUGGCAACUUGGAAGGAGCUUAUGUAAUCUCGCCACCUCAUGGAGCACAAAUUUGGGAUGUGGCACACGAUAUCAUACCGCAGUCUCAUAGGGUACAUGAAUUGCCAAAGGGGCCCAUUGUGCUAAAACUAGAAGAACACAUACCACAGGCAGUACAACCACAACAACCCACGAUGAAUGGAGAUAAAGACGAUGGUGUUUGUGUUCCAUUGUGUACACCAGACGAUAAGGAUUGUGCAGACGCUGUGGGCGGUUUUUACAUUGGCAAGUUGCUAGAUGAUGCGCCAGAUAUUUACGGUUUUAUGGCAAAUAGUGGUGCGUAUUUGUACAGGGGCGGUAUGUUGCUAUGCCGUGCUGCUGGUGCUACACUAGGAUUAGUGCCAAAUAUUUUGAGCUCAAUGAUGCCUGUUUCGAGUGAUGGUGAUACUUCUAGUCGCAGUCAAACACCAGAAACGACGGCGCUCGAUAGUAUGGACCAACAAGUGGACAGUUCACCGGUUGAGAAAACCAACAAACCAAUGGAUAUGGCAGAUGUAAAUGUUGCUCCCCAACAUUUAGAGAAAUCAGUGAACGAAGGAAGGUCCACUAUGGAGCCAAAACUGAGGUCUAACCUGGGCACCAACCGAAGUUCAGCAGAUGAUAGACCAGCCUCCAAGCUGCUAACAAGAAUGGUGGACGAAGCAUUAUCUGCUCCUAUAGUUCCUUCCACUUCAUCCAGCUUCGCUACGGUCACAUGUACCCUCGUUACCCUCGCAUAUGCUGUUGUAUUAGCAGGGUAGCU